AAGUUACACCUUUCUUAAAUUUUACAGUUAAGUUAAAGGAGAUCUCAACUCUCUCAUCUAGUGUUUAUUCAUUAUCAAUAAAUAUCCAGCCCCACCAAAAUAGAAACAACUUUUCAUUGAAAGCAAAGAGAAAUAAAGAUGAGGAACACCGGAGGAGAGAUAGUUCAAGUUGGAGGAGGACACAUAGUUCGAUCCUCCGGUAAGAAAGAUCGUCACAGCAAGGUUUACACAUCGAAAGGACCUCGCGAUCGCAGGGUUCGUCUCUCAGCACACACUGCCAUUGAAUUCUACGAUGUUCAAGAUCGUCUUGGCUAUGACAGACCAAGUAGAGCAGUGGACUGGCUCAUCAGAAAAGCAAAACCUUCCAUUGACAAGCUCGCCGAGCUUUCUUCGUGGCAACCGACCGGCGAAACUCAAACCCUAAACCCUCAAGAGGAAGAACAGAAUGUAGCUGCACUCUCAACUGACAUGGUUAUGGGAGAAUCAUCAAAUGCUUACAAUUUUCAUCUGUUAAGUCAAUUGAGUGAAGAUCAAGGUAACCCUAGUUCAGGUUUCAUUUCUCCACAUAACGUUGAAAUUACUGAUCCUAUACCUUUCUUUCCAACUACCUCUUCUAAUUCUUCAUCUAUCAAUUUUCAAAACUACCCUUCUGAAAACCUUGGACUCUCUCUUCAUUCCUUCCAAGAUCACAAUGGUUUCAUUCCUUGGCAAUCACAACAGCCAUGUGAAAACCAAAACCAAAACCAUGACCAAACACUUUUUGAUAAUAACCAGUAUCAUGGGAAUUGGAGCAAUGAAACAACUAAUGAUUAUAUACAGAAAGUAGGGUUCAUGGUAAACUCAAAUCCAUUUCUAGGACAAGGUUCAGAUUACACUCCAAACGAGACACUUGAGUCGAAUUUUUCGCAGUCAGUUCGAUCUUGGAAUGAAAUUCCUAUGGAUUCUUCUUCAGAGGUUCAUCAGAGAUCACAACAAGUUCAUCAUCAAGCUUCAAUCUUUGGAAGCAGGUUUGUUUCUGAUGGAUUACCAGGUUUCUGCAUUCUUGAUACAGUUCAAGAUGGAGAAGAGGGUCAUGGAGUUUCUUCUAAUAGGCCUUCUUCUGUUUCUCCUAACAACAACUGAGCAAUGUUUUCUUGAAUAUUCUUAUUUUUUGUUAAGGUAUUAUUCCAUGGAUAAUAUUAGCACAAAGUUGUUAUCUUAUAUAAUAUGAAUAAAACUUAGAAAA